AUGGUCCACAUGAAUGGCUGCCGGGAUGUGGCAAUGGGAAUGAUCUUCUUAUCGCAGACUGUACUUGGAAUCCUGGAUUUCUCUCUUAUUUACCAAUAUCUGUCCUUUUACAUCACUGGGUGCAGGUUAAGGUCCACAGAUUUGAUUAUCAGACACAUAAUUGUAGCCAACACCUUAUUCCUCCUCCCUAGAGGAGUCCCACAGACAAUGGCAGCUUUUGGGUUUAGACAUUUCCUGAAUGAUUCUGGAUGUAAAUUUCUUUUUUAUGUCCACAGAGUUGUCAGGGGAGUGUCCAUUGGCAGCAUCUGCCUCCUGAGUGUCUCCCAGGCUAUCACCAUCAGCCCCAGGAGCUCCAGGUGGGCAGAGCUUAAAGGGAAAGCCCCCAAGCACCCUGGCUCCUGUGUGUUCCUCAGCUGGCUCUUCCACAUGCUGGUCAAUAUCAUUGUUCUUAUGCACGUGACUGGCAAGUGGAGUAACAAAAAUACCACAAAGACAAAAGAUCUGGGAUACUCCUGCUGCUCAUCACGAGGGCACCAGAGAGUCGCUGACGCGGCACUGCUGUCCUUCCCUGAUGUGAUCUGUCUGGGGCUCACGUUCUGGGGCAGCAGCUCCAUCAUUUGCAUCCUGCACAGGCACAAGCGGCGGGUCCAGCACAUUCACAGGACCAGCGUCUCCCCCACAUCCUCCUCUGAGUCCAGAGCUACAAAAACCAUCCUUCUGGUGAGCACCUUUGUGUCCUUUUACACUCUCUUCACCUUCCAAGUUUGUUUGUUUCUUUUAAAUAAUCCCAGUCAGUUGGUGGUGAACAUCUCUGCAAUGAUCAAUGCAGAUUUCCCAACUGUCAGCCCCUUUCUUCUCAUGAGUGGGGACUCCUGUGUAUCCAAGCUUUGCUUUGCUUGUAUAAGUAACACAAAACCCCCUAAUCUUAUCAGAAACAUGUGAAUUGAACAUGUUUGUACAAUGUUUAUGUUUGUUCAUUGAUCUCUAGAGACCCAUAAACACGGUUAUGAAACGAGGCUUGUUAGUGCUGUGCUUGCCAGCAGGGGUCACUCUUUCCUUCUUUAACUCCUGAUCCCCCCUCCACCCACACCGCCCUGGAGCAGCUCUGUGGAAAAAUUGGAAUCAGCUUAGAGGUUUUUGGGAGGAAGACACUGAAACGUAAACGUUAUAAGUUACGGUGUACAAACACACAUGCCUCAUCCCUGUGUCCCUUGGAGUAGACG